CGCACAUUCUUGAAAACAACUCUAUUCACCACUCUCUAGAGUUGCACAUUUGUCUAACAAUUGGUAUCGGAGCAGAGAGUUCUUCGAAUACAUUAUUUUUCAAGAACUAAAAGAUCAAAUGGCAUCAAGGAUGUUCAAUGCAGGAGUGACUGAGGGACAAUCAACCACAAGGCCACCGUUUUUUGACGGAACCAACUACUCUUAUUGGAAGGAGAGGAUGAGAAUCUUUAUUCAAUCCAACGACUAUAAGCUGUGGUUGAUUGUGAAGAACGGCUGCGGAGUCCUGAUGAAGAAAGUUGGUGAAGUCAACGUCCCCAAAACCGAAGAGGAGUUCACCGACGAAGAUUGCAAAAAGAUGGAGCUCAACGCUAAGGCAAUAAACAUGAUUUAUUGCGGUGUUAAUGCGGAUGACUACCGUAAAAUCUCGCGGUGUGAAACCGCAAAACAAAUGUGGGAGAAAUUGGAGGUCACCUACGAAGGAACCGCGCAGGUUCGGGAGGCUAAAAUCGACCAUCUCACCCACGAGUACGAACUCUUCUCAAUGAAGGAAAAUGAGAAGAUUGAGGAAAUGUUUGAGAGGUGGACGCAAUUGAAGAAGGUUGUGACUUCCAAACAACGACCUAUGAUGCUCUUCGAGGUAACCAUUACCUACGAAACCACCCAACUCUCAAAGGUGGUUGAAGAGAAGAGCAAGAGGUCUAUUGCUCUACCCGCAACAACAUCAUCCCACAACAAAGUUGAUGAUGAAGAUGAUGACAGCGACGACACCGAUCUCGGACUCUCCGUCCGGAAAUUCAAGAAGAUGAUGCUCAAGAGGGGAGCCAAGAAGAAAACUCCACCCAAGUGCUAUGGGUGUGGUGAAAUUGGACACAUCAAACCAAUGUGUCCAAAGCUCAAGAAUGAGAAGGACAAGAGGGCACCAAAGAAGCAACGUGCCUACAUUUCUUGGGAGAACGACGGUUCCGGGAGUGAAGACUCGGAAACGGAGGAAGUGGCCGACCUAUGUCUCAUGGCCAUUGAGGAUGGUGAAACAUCAAAAGAGAAGAACUUGUAGGAAUGUUCAAAGAGGCUUCCAAAGAAGAAAAAAUUAAACAAAAAAUCCUGAUUUUUGAAAAAGAUGUAAAAGAACUCAAAAAUAUAAAUGAUAAACUUAAACAAGAAAUUAUCUCUCUUGGAAAAAGGCCACAAGAACCUUCAUCUACUUCUUCUACAUGCUCUAGUUGUACAUCACUAAAAGCUAAGGUUGCUAGUUUAGAGAGUAAAUUGGGAAAGUUUAAUAAUGCUUCAAACACCUU